UAGGGCCAGUGUGUUGUCGGCUCGCCUCCCGUCAAUUAUGUACAAAAACUAGACCUGUGCCGGGGUGACACACGUUAUCAGUGAGGACUAACUGUUAUCAGUGCCAUGGACCUGACCACGCGACGUCCGGAGACUGUUGCCGUCUCCGGGAAACCAAGGGCGGCCAAGUCCGUCUUCUCCAUCCGCAGCCUGGUAGAAGUGGAAGAGGAUGGUGAACUCUCGAGGAGGCAGUCUGAGCUGUCGACGACGCCGCCGCGCAGUUCCCCAGAGGCGAGUGUGGAGGGCGAGGGCGAAGGCGAAAGUGAGGCGACCAUGGGAGUGUCAGGGCGGGAUGAGGAAGGCAGCGAGGGUGAGCUGGACGAUUUCAACGCGGCGCCCAAGAGGAAGCAGAGGCGCUACCGCACCACCUUCACCAGCUUCCAGCUGGAAGAACUGGAGAAGGCUUUUUCCAGGACUCACUAUCCUGAUGUGUUCACAAGGGAGGAGCUGGCUAUGAAGAUCGGACUCACAGAGGCCCGGAUACAAGUCUGGUUCCAGAAUCGGCGCGCCAAGUGGAGGAAACAAGAGAAGGUCGGUCCUCAAGGUCACCCGUACAACCCCUACAUGGGUUCGGGGCCGGCGCCCGCUAUCGCGCCAUCUCUCCCCAACCCGUUCACCCACCUCGGCUUCGGUCUCCGCAAACCCUUCGAGGCGUUCAGAUACCCCACACUGCCUCCUGGACCCGUCUUCUUGGGGCACCCUCCGCAGUUCCCGCGGCCCCCACCCUUCCUGGGGCAUCUCGCAGCGUACACCCCGGCCACAUCGUUUCAGAGUCUUCUGGCUAACAUCUCAGCCGCCCAGAGACCCAAGCUGACCGCCCCCGCCACCGUCAGCCCACCGGAGCCGGAGGAGACCUUGCCCCCCAGCCCCGCUGGGGUCACUACCUCCGCACCGGCCUCCCCACCCGACAUCGACCGGCGCAGCUCCAGCAUCGCGGCACUACGGCUCAAGGCUCGCGAGCACGAACUCCGGCUAGAGAUGCUGCGGAAGAACGGAGAUCUCGUCAGUUAAUACGAGUGCAAGUGAUAGACUGAGACAGGCUCUCCUCAACUAUAACUACCAAAAAGUAAUAUUCUCGGUGACACAUUUGGUGGAACAUUCAAGCAAUCAUUAUCAGUGUACAGUUAUUUAUUAAAUGAUUAAGAACUUGUAUUAGUUGUGAUUGGUGUUCGAGGGAAUGUAAGGACUACUUGCCAUAGAAAUCUAAAUUAAACAGCUGGAUCGCUAAUUUCGGUUGAAAAGUAAAAAAGUGAUACUCGCCACCCAGGCCCAUUGCCUCCAGCGCAUUUUCCUCACUCUUUAUCUUACACAUUACAGCUAAUAUGCUAUUAUACAUGAAAAGCUAAAUUCAAUGGUGUAUAUAGUUUUAAUUACAGCAUGAACUGUACAACUAUUAAUGUUUGAGUUGUUAAAAUAUCUAAUACCUCCAGUAAUAAUUCAACAACAUUAAUAUCACGGCAUUAAUUUAGUUGAUAUUAUAAUAAAUUUACAAAUACUUUUUAAAUAAUUUAACCUUAUCUGAAAAGGUAAUUUUAGCCCAUGUAUGUAUGAAUUCUUGCAAAGAAAAUAAUUAAAUAAGGCUAAGGAAUUGACCUGGAUUCGCUUAAAGUCAUCCACACCUUAGCUACGUUGUAUGAUUCAGUUCGAAAUUUCUAUCAGCGAUCCAGUUGUUGUAAGUAGAGUACUAUGGCUGAGACACUCACCCUCAACAUAGAACGCUCUUCGUGUACUUUAAAUCCAAUUGAAAGCCAUAUGGCACUUAUGGCUUAGCCAGUUGUUGUUUAAACGGCAUUGUAAUGCUAAGAAAUUCACACUGAAAUGAAAUGAAUACUAGGUGAAUACUCAGAGUUGAAUAAAAAUCUUCAUAUGAAGUUAAAUAUAAACUACUUAGCCUUUUUUCUCGCGGAGUGUGUUCUUGUAAUUUCCUUGACUUAAUAUGAACGCCAGUUUGGAAUACAUUUCCCUAGUAAUUGUAGGACUUUAACACGAUCUGUCCUGCGAUAUUCUCGUUUAAUGUAAUAAAACCACGGAACCCUAUCGUUUCGCUAUCAAGGGUUUGAUUAAAACACAUUCACCAACUCGUCUUCAGCCAUUAAAGAUUAUCAAGUAAAUGAAGACAUUACAGUAAUUAUGUUUAGCCAUAAAAUCCGCAGAAUUAUACGUUCCAACGCAUAAUCAUACUUGUCCUUGAAUUAUGAAACUUAAUAUGUACAACUUUCUCAUUAUUUUAUGAUGAUGAGAAGUAUUUUUACCGGCUCAUAUAAAACAUUUAAUUUGAGGCAGAUCAUAAAAGACUGGCUGAAACUUCAUGACCCGUUCAAUUAUGAUGAACAAAAUUAGCUGCAAAUUCUCGUAAACACUUUUUCACUUAAAAAGAUUAGAAGAUCAUUAAGUAGUCGUCUUCAAUGCACAUUGUUAUAAGAUCAUAUCUUACUCACUCAUAAAACAGACCUGUUUUAGUCAGUCAGUAAUUUUGUAAAAUUUUACAUAUAGUUAUAUUUGAUUCUACCCAUGGAUAUUAAAAGGGUUUUAUGUAGAAACGAACAUUUGGAAUUUAAUUGUUCUACUACCAUACCAAUUUCUAGGUUAAUUAUUAACAUAGUUAUUCUAUUUCAUUGGUUUCCUUAACGAAAAAAGUCAAAAGUUGUAUAGUGAAGUUCCAUGGCAUGGAAAUAUUCUGAUAUCAAAUGUUUCUUGAAUAGUUUAGUAACCAUUUUAAUUUUUAGUUUUAUAUGAUCAAAUUUAUGACCAGAAUAGAUCAACUAACUGGUUUUAAGUUUUGUAAAACUGCAAUGUGAGAGUUUUUAUAGUGUCCUCAGUCCAUUUUACAUUGAACCGAACCGAAUUAACUUAAUAGUAAGAGGAUAAUCUGUACUUAGACUCAUGAGAAACUUAAAUGUAUAAACACAAUAAUACUGUUUAAAGGAUAUAGGCUACAUCUUAAAAUAAGGUGCUAAUCCUUGAAACGGCAAAAUUUAGUUUCAACUAUUUAAAUACUGUAAUUAAUGCAAGUAUUCUGUACAUUAAGAGGCGUUGCCUAUUUAUAUAAGUUGUGCAAUAAAAUCGUUGUAGUGUACAUAUUGAGAACUAUGAUUUUAUAUAUUCUAUGAAUGUUAAGUUGUGUAACAAUCUACUAUUGAACUGGAACCGAUUCAAAAUAAAAUCAUUUUUUCAUUACGUAAUUAGUAAAUUAUGAUAAUAAUACAAAGUGCUUAUUUCACUUUCAUAAUUGAUCUGACCAUUUUAAAAUGUUUAUUUUGAUGUAGUUCUGUAGGAAUGCUUACAAUUCUGUUAUCAUAUUGCUCUAAAGGUGAUUAAAAGUGUAAUUACGUAAUCCGCAGGCGAUUGUUUACUCUAUGUUCCAGUUGUAUGUUUACUGUGCGAUAUUCAUAAGGAACGAUCCGUCCAACGUUGUGAUGUUUGCCACAUCCACUUGUAUAGUUUUAGUUUUCGUUUUGUAUUGAUUUUAUAAACAUUACAAGAUUUAACUGUUGAAUA